CUGAAUUUGCUUUAAGAUAUGAAACUUGUGAGUGAAUACAAUCGUUAUAAAUUGUAUCGGUCAUUUGUCAAGCAGGAAGUUAAUAUUGAGGGUUUAUAAAAUGUAUUUCAUUUUACACACAUACCUGCGACUGCCUCUAACAUGUCUAGUGUGUUUUAAUGAUAAGAUGAGUUAUUUCAGUUGCACAUUAAAUCUAUAAUUUAAAUACUUCAAUUGCUACCAAUGGUGACAGUGAGUGACUAAAUAGAGCUUUUGUAAUAAUCUAUAAACGGAUGGAUACGCUUCACUACGCGAGACUAACAGACAAAAGGAAAUUAAAACAAACUUAAUCAUGUAACCAAUGUCAUUAAAUUUAUGAUACUAAGAUAACACAUUUUCAAACCAAUGAUCGAAAUCUAGAGAGUGUUGCUAGUUUCGUUUUUAAAACAAAUACCUGUAUUAACGAGAUGACUACCGGGAAUCACGAUACGUUACAGGGGACCUCCUGCAUGUAUAAGCUCAAAGUGGUGCUAAUUGGCGAUAUAAGUGUUGGAAAGACAUCGAUUGCACUUCGUUUCGUGUCAAAUUCCUUCCAGGAUGGAUAUCGAGCGACCAUAGGGGCAACGUAUAUCUCCAAAACGGCGGUCAUAGAUGACGACGUCAUAUGUUUCCAAAUAUGGGACACCGCUGGACAGGAGCGUUACAAAAGCCUCGUUCCCAUGUACUUGAGGGGCGCCCACAUUGCCUUUAUUGUGUAUGAUGUGACUGAAAGGGAUAGUUUUAAGAGUCUGCAAUGGUGGCUCGACACUCUUCAAGAACACGGCGAUAUCCUCAAAGCAGUGGUCGUGGGCAAUAAAUGUGACCUCGUGUCCGUAUUUGAUGACUUGGAGCCUGUCACCCUCGCACAAGAACGCGGGCUGCAGUUUGCAACAGUUUCUGCGAAAACAGGCCAGAAUAUCGAGGAACUUUUUCACAUCAUGGGCUCAAGGGCAGUUAGUGAAAUGAAGAGAAGAGAGAACAAGCCUACGAGAUACGACACCAUUGCUCUGCAACGAAGCCUUGAAAUAUCGAUGAACUCACGCAAGAGGUCUUGCUGCAAAUGAGCUAGUUGGGCUCCUCACGUCAGAUUGAACAACAGUUAAAACGAUUGUUUUAACGAUGGUUACGAGCAUACUUCCUCUGUGAACUUUCUCUGUGCGUGUGUGUAGCUUUAACGUUUAAACUGACACACUCUGUUGUUGUCGUGAAUACAUCUUUAAGGGAUCUUUUCACGUUUUGGUAAAUUGACAAAAUAAAAAAAAUGUUUCAGAUUAGCAAAUUUUCGUUGUAGUUAUGAUAUUUGUGAGGAAACAGUAAUACUUCACAUUGACCAUUCUCUGCAAUAUCCAUUAGAUGCAUCUUUUGACGAUUUAAAAACCUGAACAUUAUAAAGCAUUGCAACGAGAAUCGAUUGAAUAAUUUGGAGAGUUCUGUUGCUGUCGUUAUAUUUUUGGAUACUUCGAAAUACAUCACUAAUUGUAUCAGGAUGGCCGAGUGGUCUAAGCGACUUUACUCCAGGGGUCAGAGGUUCGAGCCUAGUAGAGGGUUACUUUGUUUUCUUUUUGUUUUAAUUUAUUCUUGUUUUUUUACUGGAGCUUUUUAUUAUGUUUACAUUUAUUUAUCAAUAUGAAGCAUUUAAUGGCAAACUUCAAUACAUGCCAAAAUCUGCGAAAAGGCCCCUUUAAUACUUGCCAUGACAUAGAGCUUGUCUUGUAUUUUAUCGCAACCAUCUGUAAAUGCAUAUUGGAUCCACGUUUAUGUUAAGUCAAAACAUGUUCUGUAUAAAGUUUAUUGUGUCAUUCACAACUGGGAGCUUUAAUAUGUGUCAUCCACUUAUUAUAUCAUAAAUUCAGUAGUAUAAAUA